GAAUCUCUGGGCAACUCUCUCGCUCUCUCGCCUUUAUUGUUCACCUGCUCGUGUUGGACUCGUUGUGUUUGCUGUUGUAAACUGCGAUAGUGCGAAUUUUCCGCUAGUUUGCCUGCUAGGGCCACCUUUGGUGUCCCGGCCAUCGACUGUGCCCCGAUUCAGCAUUGUUUCUGCUUAUUGAGUGUGUGUUUCACGAGUUACGUGCAUUCUUUUAGGAAAUAGCAUACGACACCAAUGGCCAUGUAAUUGGUUUCAAGCUAUGGCCUAUACAUUUUGGAUUAGACGAAAGAACAAACCGAUCUUUGCCAGAUGAUGCCCAUUGACAGUAUGUCUAUCGACGUGAAUGAAGAAGCAGCACGCGGUGCCAUCGAGCACGUGCUCAAUAAAUUGGAGACCGUUGAAAAUGUUGUUCUCAACCGUCCUAAUUCACCCGAAGUGGAAUACAUCGAUAAAGAGUCCAUGCCCUCCAUGAUUGAGAUCAAAUUGGAAGACGAAGUGCAGCGCGAAGAGCAGCACGAUGAUGUCGUCUCCAGUGUGAUGAUCAGCAUGCUGGACCACAUGGAUAACAACGUGAACAGCGUGGAGGCGUCAGCACCUUCACAAGCUCCUACUGGUCGGGCUCAGACAGAGACUGAUCCUGAGAUCACGAUGAGCAAGUUGGAAAUAGACCUGUCCAGGGUUUUGGAGGAGUUCGUCAAGGUGGAAGUAGCAGAGGACGCUGAAGAACUGACAGAAGAAAAUGAGACUGACUUCGAAAAUGAAGUUAAUGACAUCAAAGAGGUGGCCGACGAUGCUUCUGGUGUCGGAGUCACAGAAGUGACUGGAGACAAGGUACCCGAGGACUCUGCACUGAACGCGAAUUCACCUGAGGGGAGUGCUUCUGCAGAGAAAGAAGCACCUCCUCCAGCUGUCCAUGAAGACGCUCCAUCUGUCCACGAGGACAGUCCUGUUAACCAGGAGAACGUUGCAGCAGUCCAAGAGGACAUCCCGGUUGUCGAAAGUUUGGACGAUGCAAGUGUGGUCAGGCUGACUUUAGACUUUGUGGUGGAUUCUUUCGCAUCUGUAGUGAACGCCGCUCUGACCAACAAAAACGAGACUCCUCAGGUCGAAGCCUCUCCUGUGGUGAGCGCCUCUCCGACCUACAUCCAGUCCACAGAAAGCGAGACUCCUCAGGUCGAGGCCGCUCCUGUGGAGAUGGCUGAUGAGCCUGUGAAGCAGGUGGCAAAGAAAAGUAGGAAAAAAGCAACAGAAAAGAAAACUAUAAAAAGAUCCACAUCAUGUCUUACCAAAUACCCUGCGAUUGGCAUGGGUGCUGCGAUCAAUCCGCCAGUGCCUUCACACUCACUGCCCACAUUUAUGAAUUUUGUGACGCCGGCCUAUUUUCCUCGGUCCAAUACAACUCCUGUGGAUCUCAGUACUCGCAAUGAAGCACUCGAUUUGUGUGUGCGCAAACCAGAGAGCCACAUCAAGCCAAUCCAAAGAAUGUCCUCUGAGACUUUCAAGAGCGUCUUCCAAGGUCAAACCGCUGAGCCGCGUUUCUUAAAUCACAGUGCUGCCAAGAAGAUUGGCAACCGAGCUCAAGCCACUACCACUGUAAUGAAAUUCAAUUUUGAGCGCUAUUACCAAAACUUCCUACAGAACGGUAGACAGCACUACACUUGCGACGUCUGUGACACGAAAUACUCUGAUAAACUCUACUUGAAAAUUCACUACCUGUCGCUACACAUCAACCCCAGGUUGAUCACAACCAAGGAGCGUGACGCUUGUAAGAUCCCCACCCGCAAAGACGCUCCUAUGAAUUUGACCUACUACUUCCGUUGCCACUUCUGUCCAGACGCCUUCUUUGAAAAAAGUUGUCAUCUAAAAGCGCAUCAUUUUGAGAAACAUUCAAGACACCAUCCUAUGGUUGUACUGCCCUCAGGCCAGGUGAAGGAUCCGCAGUUCACUUGUGAAUUUUGCGAAACCACUUUCACGAACGAAGUAAACCUGCUUAGGCACGAAGCCCUUCAUGAGAAGAGUCGAUGCCUAAAGCGAGACAAGUUUCCUUGCAUGUACUGCUUCUUUGAAGGCAAAACCUUUGAAGAUCGUGAAACGCACCAAGCGCAGCACAGCGCGCAGAACACUACCUGCAUGUACCUCUGCGGCAUGCCGUUCAAGACGCUGGGCCAACUGAGAAAGCAUCUUCGGACCUCGCACAAAGACGUCUACAAUGGCUGCACUAAAUGCCAAGAUCGAUUCACGGACGCACACUCCUUAAAUGUGCACAUGUCGAUUUCCCACUCACCACCGGUGCAUGAACCGCCCAUCAUCACCAUUACCCCGGUUGAGAAGGAGCAGCCUGAUUCUGAGAACUAUAAUAACCUGUGCAAGACCUGCAAUGAGAAUUUCAUUGACUACAUUGACUUGUGCAGACACAGGAAAUCGUGUCCAAGCUCACUUAAUAAACACAAGAAGAGCGCCACUUCGACAGUUCAAAAGAAAAACAAUAAGGAAGAUGUUUUGGCUGCUCAAAAACCAAGUGCUGUUGAGGAGGAAUUUUCCCUGCCAAACCUUGCUGCAGGCAAUCAGACGGUUGCCCUGACUCGUGAAGUGACCAUAUCCGCGCUUCCGCCUGAAACUGAAGACAGACCAGAAGGCCCCUCUUUAGUAAUUCUGAAGGUGCCUGGCCCUCAAGAGGCUCUGCCAAAGCCAAUGCAACCUAAAAAACCGACUGAAAAAAAGAAGCACCCACUGAAAAUCAUACUGAAAUCAGGAAACAAAUCUGAGAAAAGGAAGAAGGCUGCUUCAAAGGUGAAGCCGAAAACAGUUGUUACGGUAAUAACAAAAGAACUACCCAAGGUAGUAGAGAAGCCUGUAGAAGCACUCAAGUUAACUGAAAAAAUAGUUGAGCAUUCAAAGCCGAAAGAAAACCCUCAGGAAACGCCCAAAGAGGUAGAGAAACCCCAAGAAACGGCUGUCGUGACAGAAAACGCAAUUGAAGCCAAAGCCACAGUUGAGGAGGUGGUCAAGGCACCUGUACCUGUUAAGAAAGAACUCUCAGUAAAGCCAAAGGUUGCAAAACAGGCACCCAAGCCAAAGUCACGCAAGGCAGCGCCAAAGGCGCCCAAAAAGCCAGCUAUAAAAACCACAGGAAAGCUGCCUAAGGUCAAAUCCACUACUUCUGAGCCCGCGCAAGAGAGCAACAGCCGGCCAAUACUGUUCUGUGGUCAAAGACCCAUGACUCCAAAGACUCCAGGAGACUUAACCCAGCUUAGUCUUGACAUGCAGGAAGAUGUGAAGAGGAGGAGUCGUCCCGCCAAACGCAAGCAGCUUAGCAACAGCGAAAAGAAGCCCAGGAAGUCUUCGUCACGUCCUACAAGAAAUAAUCCUAACACCUCUGAAGACUUUGCUGUCGUUCUUCAGAGCCUCGAGCUAGGCCAAGCUAGUUUCCAGGUGCUACCAGAGAGGAGGUCGCGGAAGAACAAGAAGCAGAGUGAAAUGCGUGCUGGCGAGAUUCUGGAGGAAGGCUUUACUGGUGACUGGACUCGGCCUAGAAGGUACAUAUGCCAUGUGUGCACAAAGCAGUUCUCGGAUCUGGACGACCUGGACGACCAUGCCAGGGACCAGCACCCGAAUGUGUUGGCCACGUACUCAGAUGUGCCAUUGGACGUGUCUCUUCCCGAAGACCUCUUUCACCGCUCAUUGAACCGCGUGGGCGCGUGCGGCAGCGCUCCAGAGCUGCCACAGACCUUGGCCGCCGAUUGUCCGUGCACCAAGUGCGGAAAGGUGUGCGCCAACAAGCCUGACCUGCACAAGCACAUGCUCGAGUGUGGCGGCGACAUCACCUGGAUGCUGGCCAGCACCAAGCGGCGAAAGCCAUGGCGACCCUUCAACACCCGCCGCAGGGCGCGCAGGGGCAUGAACCGUUCACCAAUGAGUCCUGUUAAGACUGAAACUAAGAAGCGCAAACGAGAUAGAGAAACGAUGGAUAAGAUACUUUCCAAUAUGCCUGGCAAACGAGGAGGUACUAGGCGUCUCAUCAACUUCAACGAAGAUGAAAUCAAAACAAGAAGUCAGGCAACCAUUCACAGCUCACGAAUGCUUAGGAAAAGAUUUAUCAAGUUGCGACCCAUAGCUGUUGGCGUCAAAGCCUCAAAGUCACGCUUUGUUCCUAAACAACCCCAGCCGUCGACUUCCAGCAUUGCUGAGCGCAGAUCGUCAUCUGAAUCUGUGGACAAACCACCAAAGGUGGCCAUAAAGGCGCUUGAGAAGACUCCCCCCAUUCCAAUGCCUCCCAUGAACAUUAAACCUAAGAAGAAGAAGUCCAUAAAGACUGUCGAGCCUGCCAUUGCAGAGGAGAAGCCUGUUGAGGUGGAGGAGCCAAAAAAGACUGAAAAGCUGGUUGAGUUUGGACCUGAGCUGGACCGUAAAGCGCCCAUUGACUGUCGUUACUGCGAGAAGGGUCUUUUGAAUUUCGCAUCGCUGCAGAGGCACUUAAAGAGCUGCCCGCUUGAGCCGAAAAACAUCGCCAAGAAGCAGGCGAGCCAAGUGCAGGCGGUAGACUCUUGUCCCAUUUGCUACUCGACAUUUACAUCAAGCAAACUGCUGGAGAGACACGCUUCAAACUGCAAUGAAAGCCCUUCAGAGAUCACCAACCGUGCCAAGGUGUUCAGGAAGCGUGCGUCGGAGCUGUCCAAGCAGUCGGACGCGAGCUCUGAAUCGGCGGACGCUCCUGAACUUGAGCUGGACUCCAACAAGCCAAAGAGGAGGAAACGUGGCAAGGGCAAGCCUUUCUUCAUUCGAAAAAACGCUACCAAGAAAAACUUCCUCACAGUUGCGGCUUUUAAGAAGGCAAAGAGCGAGGACGCAGUGUUGAAACCUAAGACCAAGCUGAAGAGGGAGCUGGCUAACUUGGUAAUUUUGGCCUCUGAACCGACUCUGUCCAGGCCCAAGAAAGCCAAUUCCAAAAAGGUUAUGGUGGUCGAGGAGACGUUGCCUGUUGAGCACAAGGAGGCGGAGGUUGCACCUGAGGUGACAGCCAAUGAAAGCUUGUCAGUAGAAAUAGAUAAGCCGAAUAAAAAACAAGGAAAAAAAGUUAAAAAGCAAAUUAAGUCGGCCGCUUUUGUAGACUCCAAUCCAAGCAGCCCAAUGAUGCCAUCAGCUGCUGAUGAACUCAAGGUUGAAGUGGAUACAGUUAACAACAAGAAAGAUGAGAGCGCCAAGAUCAAAAAAGAAUCAAAGAGAAGGAGGUCUGAACAGGCGAAUGGUGAAGCUCCUGCUAAGAAAGUUAAAAAGAAUAAGGAUGGAGUGUCCAAGAGGAAGGUCCCUGAAGAUAUGGAGGAAGAUUUGGAGGACAACAUUCCUCUGUCUCAAGUAAUCAAAAAGAAAAAGGCCGCGAAAUUGGAAGCAGCUGCUUCUCUUGCGCAAGACGCUUGCAAAGUGCCUUUGUCAGAACCCAAAGAGAAAAUCAGUAAGAAAAAGGCAGCUAGCGACGAGACAGAAGCUGGUUCCAAGAAAAAGCCAAAGCUUGAUUCCAAUCCGUCUGCCAAAGAGCAAGUCCUGUCUGAGGAAUCUGACGAGGUUGCUAAGAAGAAAAAGGCGAAGCGCAGUGAUGAGCUCAAGAUUCAUUGCGACCCUUGCAGCAGAGGUUUCUCAACCCCUUUCAAUUACCAAAAGCACUUGAAGACGCUGAGGCACUUGAACAGAGUCAAGGGCAUCAACGCUCAGGCUGAGACUGAAUCUUCUCCUGAAUCCCCGGUAGCGAACAAUGAAGGCUUCUCGACCGCCGUCAACUACCUCAAAACUGUGGAGCACCUGAACGAUGCCGCUGCUGAGGGCGCUGACAAGCCCGCCGUGUCAGAGAACAGCGUCGCGGAGAACAAGGAGGUGGAGGAAAUCUCUUUCCCGGCCAUCAAGGAGGAGAAGGAGUACAUGCCACCCCCGCCGCCUCCCAACUCACCAUGUCCACCUGACGAGGAGCCAGAGCCACCGUUUCCCGCAGAGCUGAUAAACUCAAUGGAGGAGAGAACCAGAGAGUUGGAAGAGCCUAAGGAAAAGUCCAUACAGCCAACGCCUCCCGCCCCUGACACCGUGGAUCAUUCGGACGAUGAGGAUGAAGAGGAAUGGCAGCGGCCGGAAAAACUGCCGCCACCACCCAAGUUUGAUUUUGACGCCGUUCGCGACUCUGUACCUAACUGGACGAGCAAUCGUUCCUCCUUCCAACCCCCAUCGCCCCCACCAGUGCCACCGCCAAUGGUGGCACCGCCCGCGGAGCUGGAGAACCCGUAUGUCAUCGGCAACAUUGGGGCCGACGCGAUGGGUCACUACGCAGAGCCCCAGGCGUUCAAUAACCCCUACCUGAUAGGCAACUUUGAGGGACAGCAGUCGCUGAAGCAGAUCCAGGAGGCAAUGGGCGCCACCGAUGAGGACAUGGCGAUUCUGGAGAAUCUGGGGGGUGGCCUCGCCUGUCAGAACUUUGUCUAUGACAACUCGAGCACGUAUGACGCGUCCACCUCCGCCGCCGUCGGCCAAGUCACGCUUGUCAACCUGGCCAACGCCACUGGACCUAUUGAACCGCUUGAGGACGCUGAACUGAUGGACCUGGACAAUCAGGUCACCGCGCAACAAAUGCCUGAGCCUGUCAGAGAUUAUGCUUUCAUCGCCGCCGCCAAGUCUAACGUGUCACUAGACGAGGCGGCCGAGAUUCCAGACGAGGGUGGACAAAUGGGCAACAACUCGACCACCCUGCUCACCAUAUACGGACAGAAGGAAAUGGUCUGCCCCAUGUGCAACAAGCACUUCCUGGGACUACAGGCUGUUGAGACCCACAUCGCGUGGGCUCACAAGAUCAAAGGCACCAAGCUUUUAGAAACCGACGGUAACAACACUGUCAAGUUGACCGACCAGGUCGCACGUGAGCGUGACUGCCUGCUAGUGGGUCUGGCAGCAGCCAACGUUCUACACCAUGCUGGCGGCACGCGGAGCGGCGUGCUGCGUGCGGCGGCUGGUGCCGUGGCCGACGAGUGCGCGCAGAAGAAGCGCAAGAUCGCGUGCUUCGUGUGCAAGGAGCUUUACACGGACAUGAUGGCGCUGAAUACGCACAUACACCAGCGGCACGUCAAGAGCAAGUCGGAGGCGUCAUCCAGUACAAGUAACGGCCUCAAGGAAAAGAUGACUACGGCCCUCGGCGGCCUGCUCGACCGCGCCCUCACUAACCUCCUGGGCAAAGUGCCGCUGCCUCCCGUCGAGAAGCAGCAUUCUGAGAGUUUGUCAAAAGACUCAAUCAAUCCUAGAACCCCGCUCAUAAACCUGGACACACCCCUUACCCUUACUGCUAUAGCCAAGCAGGCCAUCAAGCCCGUCUCUGACAAGGCACCAGAGAGUGAAGAGUCUUUGGAAGCUGUGAUCAACAAGAUGCGAAAGGCGUCGACAGCUCCCAAAGAGCAACCCAGGACGGACGACGCGGACAGGCCUCCGCUGUUUCCUGAAAACCAAGACUACGAUCCUAUUCUUCCAGAACCGUCAGGCCCAGACAUGCAGUGUCCAAUCUGCGUCGGCGUGGUAAAGCACUUCCACUCGCUUUGCCGGCACCUCAAGACUCAGCACACGGAAUGGGUCGUCACUCCCUUCACCACAGAACUGUUCUAUUACCUGAAACUUGAGCGGCAAAAUCCUCGAGUCGUAAUGAAUAAGAAGUACUUUAUUAAUGUCCCAGGAUUACGGUUGGGCCAGCAGGAUGUGGGUGUGUCAAAUGUGCCUGAUGAGGGCCUGCCGCAGAGCAGCGGCAGCGCGCAACCAAGCGAUUCAACAGCAAACAAGGAUGAGGAAAUCCGCAUCAAGGCGUUCGCCGCGUUGCAGCAGCUGAGUACCAAGACCGUUAGAGGCUCCAAGCGCCGGCCGCUCGACCUUCGAGAGUUGAGACAGUCGGAGCCGUCUACCAGCGGCAGUUCCGCCUCUUCAUGAUUCCGGCACUUGUUAGGCCCGCAAUUAUUUCGCCUUUUCCCCCCAACUAUGAAAGUUUUCUUUUCACGCUGCGACUGGCCUGUGCUUGUCGGUUAAUCUUAAUGCUGCCAGAAAAUAGUGUUCAACAAGACUCCCAGCAAAUACAGUUGCGAGUGGACUUUCCGUAUGUGCCUCUCCAGUCUUAAGAAUUAAGUUUUGCCAGGAUCUAAUUACUAUCUCCAGCGUAUCUCCUAAGUUGUUAUGUGCCAAUGUGCUGCACGCGUUUGUGUCUGUUUAAAACUUUGAGCACUAGAUGUUGCGUGUAUUUACACUAAUGAACAAUUUUUCACGUUUCAUAAACGGGACCCAUAAAAGAUUAAUUCCUUUAUAACAGAACCAAGUUCCCCUUGCUUGAGCACCCCUGACAGAAUUUUCAUGUAGAAGAGUGCAAUACGAGAAUGUCUUUAAUUUAAUUUUGUCAAUGUGGUCGAGAUAACCACACGCCAGAUCUUGACAACUGUUCAUCUUCCAAUAAUGUAAUUUCAAUUUCCCAGCAGAACGUUUCAAAUAGAAAUAAAUGCUAAAAGAAGACUGUCAUAGAAUAAAUGAACAAAACAACCCAA